AUGACCGCCACCGCGGAGGUCAUUGUACUGUUGUCCUCGCCAGAGCACAGCCCAGUGAAUACACCUGCGCCACCCAAGUACGAUGCCCAGCAGCUCUUCGGGCUGUCACCGAUCGAUACCUCCACUUCCCAGCCGCCGUCUCCAUCGGACCUCUUUCAGGACCCUACGCUUUCCAAAUUCUUCGAGGGCGGGAAACAGUCCAGCAAACGAGCUCGGAAAACCCCAAACGCCGCUUGCAAAACUACAGAUGUCGAAGGGGCAGAUGUGACAGGGGCCAAAGACGGUCCACCUGAGGAUAAAGUGAAACAGAGAGGGAGGCCCAAGAAGAAACCAGAGGAACGCGUGGAAGAAUCAAGCCAUACGGGCGAGGGUCCGUCUAAGAAGAGCUUGUCGAAAAAGCCGACGCCUAGGGAAAGGAAACCGAAGGUGCCGAAGACGACGACGAAGCGCGCGACAGCUGCAAACAAGACCAUUUCGGGGAGGGUUGCGAAGGCUGGUAGCUCGUCGCAGCCAAUCGAGGGACAAUCCGGCAAGAAACCCGAUUGUCCCUCAACCCCGCAGCUUUCUUUGGAUCAGAACUCUGCGAAUGAUACCCGCGACUGGGAGAAGGAUGGCCUGCAAUUGGAACAAGCGUUAAAGAGAAGACUGGAUUGGACGCCCACGGGCGGCACUAUAGAACAAACUAGCGGGUUGGAUAUCAAAUUGGAUCACAACAGCAAUGAAAUGAAAAGCUUUGGGACUAUGCUAUCUGAGUUUGGGUUUGGUGGUAUCUCUGCUCCUCAAGCUAUGAAUCGGGUUCUAGAGGAGAACGGCCCUACCAAGAGGAGGCGCAUUGAACUGAUUGACGCUAGUGUAUAUCCUGGGAACAAGCCAAAAACCAAUGAGAGUAGCGAAAAUCACUCCACUGAAGAUGAAACCUCGAGUUCAAAAGCCCCAGCCGCGAAAAAGAAAGCCACUAAGCCAAAGAAGUUCUCGACACUUACAGCGAGGGUAACUGCUCAGUAUCUCACCAAUGCUACGGAGGCUAUGGACAAUUCAGAAGGCAGUGCUUCGGCCAGUAUGCCAUCAGCUCUCACGUCCAAGAAAUCGACAACAAAGAAAGGGAAGAAUGCUAGGGCGCAAGAACCAGAGCUUGUCAUACUCUCACCUGAAGCCGCCGUCCGGUCUCUGGAGGAUCAAGAGCUGGUCUUUGGCACUUGCAGUCAGCUAGAACGUGAGGACUCUCCUACUAUGAUAAGAGAAUUGCAAACAGCAAUUCGGGAAUCGGAGCAAAGUCUAGCCUUGGAGACAAGCAUCCGUGUGAACGAUGGCGCAAAUGAAAGCCUACCGUUGACAAUCUCACGUUUCACAGCUUCAAGAAAUCUGUGGUCUGUCGCAGCCCGCGAUGUUGACGGGUCGGUCUUGCCGGUUGAGGUAGUCGACUUAGUAGACGGCUCCGAUACACCGAAGCCUUGUUCUGCUGUCAACAACGGAGACAGUAAGGGAAAGAAGGAUAGAGAUGUAUCUGCAACUUCCAACGAAGCAGUCGUGCCCGAUGCACAGAAACCCAGAGAAGAUCUGUCUACUUCUGCCCCUGAAACCUCAGACACUCUUGACAGACAAGCAGGUGUCGGCACAUCACAACCUCGAGCCCGACAGCCUAAAAUGCCACAUUUUAGUGGCUUCACAGAUGCUCAACUAUCUAUACGAGUUGCCUCUUAUGGAUUCAAGCCCAUAAAAAGCCGCCCAAAAAUGAUCGAGAUUCUCACCAAAUGUUGGGAAUCCAAGCAUGGUACAGCUGCUCCAUGCGUACCAGGUAACCUGGCCCCCCAACCCCCUACUUCAUCAUCAUCGGAAACGGUGAUUCCCAAGACCUCAGCCAAGGGCACUCGAUCGCAAAAGAAUACAACCACCAAGAAAAUAGACGCAAAACCAAAGCCGAAGAAAUCAGAUGCAAUCACCGAGUCAACGAUAAAACCAACAGCUGCCAGGAGCAUACCCCCCAAACCUUCACAAACACCCACCAAACCCAGCCACUCAUCUCUCACGAAUAGUGUCACUCCAACGAUUUCUUUUGCAGACGUUGAAGAGAUACAAGACUCCGAAGAAGACGAGAGCAUUCCCUCCCCGAGCCGCUUACAAGAGAGAUAUCUCCUCCACCACGCCGCACCUCAACCAAGCCUACCCACCACCACUACCGCCAUUCCACCCACUUCCAGCAAGACCAAACCAGCCAAACCCUCUCAAAAGACCACGGAUAGCGCAACGACGCUGAGUCUCGAGGCUCCCAGCCUCCACAAUCAGAUUACCCAGGCCGUCUACGCACAGCCUCGACUCCGACCCACCAGCAUCAACAGACAACCCAGCUGGCACGAGAAAAUCCUUAUGUAUGAUCCCAUCAUCCUCGAGGACUUCACAACCUGGCUGAACACGGAGGGUCUGGGCCUUGUUAAUGAGGAUCGUGAAGUUGGCGCGGCGCUGGUGAAGGAAUGGUGCGAGGGGAGGGGCGUUUGUUGCUGUUAUCGACCGAAGGGAAGAGACGGGUGA